AUGGUGGUCAAUAAGGACGAGGAUUUCGACGACGAUGACAACGAGUUUUUGGUCGACUCUGACGACAGUUUGGAUAACCAGAAGCCCGGCCAAUCCCAGAGAGCUAGGCAAAAACUCGUGGGAAACGUGACCUUCAAGAAGAGUUUGCUAAAAUACGGUACGUUCAGCCCCAGUGGCUAA